UGGAAGCACGGGAAACCAAGAUUUACUGCAGGACGACAAAUUUCCUUUUGAAGCGUUGUGUGACAUGGUUGGGGAUGCAUCCUUGCAGGAGAAUCUCUCUGAUGAUGGUUUGCCCAGAAGCCUUCUAGACAUCUCCACCAUCCACGAUGUUCUGACAUCGUCUAUAACUCAGCCUUCCGGCCCUAUCCAGCUCUGCAGCUCUGUGAGUUCAGACGAGACAGAUGGCGAAGACAAUUGCGUAAAUACCAGUCAGGUCACUUCGGGGUCUCUUCGUGACUCAUUUCCUCCGGGGAGUUCCGUCUUGCCCCUCAGCCACGGGAUUCCGGUUGAUUUCAACACCCCGGCUUCUCCCUUGGCCUGCCUGGACACCGCGGCGGCCAGGCACAGGAUUGCAAUGAACCCAAGGAAGCAGAAAGGGUUCACAAAGAAGAGUCACCAUUCUCUUGUGGAGCAGAUGUUGGAGCAGCAACAACCUCUGGAGCCUGUUGAAGAUGAAAGAAAUCUCUCCAAAGUCCUCGCUGGUCAGAGGAAAUCUUGGGAAGGCUUGUUGGGCCACCGUGUGGUGAAUGUCAACGAAGAUGGGACUGACCAUGCAUCACCUGGGACCAGAACCUCUAAAGCUUUGCCUUCUUCUUGCAGCACUGACCUACAUGGAGAUGGAACAUCCAUCUUGAUAUCAGAGGCCGAGAAUUUGCUGGAGACUCAGCUCCAGUUGAAUUCCACCAAGCCCUCUCCAAAUGUUCCAUCCCCUCUCACCAAAGAUGGAGAAGGAGAGAAUAUGGACAAGGAGGAAAAGAAAGGAACGUGUCCUCCCACAGUUGCUCAAAAAGCACAGAGUGGUCCAGAUGUCACAGAGAUCUCCGAAUCUCUCCACUUGAAGACAAAAGCCAUUGGACUCCAUAGUACAUCACCCUCUGCUUUGCCAAAGAGUAAGGUAGGGAAAGAACUUGGAGCAGAAGACAACCAGAUAGUUUGCACACAACGAACAGAUGCCCGAGCAAGUGUUUCUAAACCUGCCAGGAACCGACACAGAGCAUGUGCUAGAGCUGUCCUUGUAGACGGUUCUUCUUCUCUGGAGGCAGGUCCCGUGUUGGGUGUUCCACAGCUUUCUUCAUCUGCUCUGAAGGUUUCCUCAGAUGCCCCAAAGGACUUAAUGGACAAGAACAGACACGCCAUAGAUGAAAAUGGAAGAGGGCCUUCAGAUGUUGAAUUUCAGCCUUCUCAAGGCCAUGGGAAGCCGACGGAUUCUUUGCAGAGCACAUUGUCCACAUCGGAGGUUGAUUCUGAUAGACCUGUGCUUCUAAAUGCAGCAGGUAAGAAACCUGCGGACAGCACCAUUCAAGAGUUGGGUAGUCUUUCUUCUGGAAGAUUAGCCACUGUGGGAUCUACUGAGGUGGCUUCCAAAACUCACCCUCCUGUCAGCACUCCUGGAGUUCAGCUGGCAAACGUCGUCACCGAGGAAGAAAGCAAAGCUACGGAGAUGAUCAAGACCCAGACAAAGCCUUCUGCUGUGAAGCCCGUGAGAUUCACCAUCGCUCCCGCCUGGCAGAGGUCACUCUCAGGAGAUUCAAGCUCUGUCAACAAUUCCUACCCUCGAAAUUCUCCAACGUCUCCCGUAAAACCAGAAUUGUUUGAAGGAACUUCUCUACUAGAUGCAGGCUCACCAAUUUUAAACACUCCGGAAAGACCUGAUGGGGCUAAUAGAAACACGGGGGUCCCCUUGAAUUCUUCCAGUGAGGAAGUCCAAAACUGUGAAAGUCCAUUUGGAGUGAAACUAAGGAGAACUUCUUCUUUGCUAAAGUAUCAAACAGAACAUCACUGGGACCCCCCCAAGCUGAUGCCAUUGGCAGUUCCUUCACCAUCCUCUGUAAAAACCGAAACCAAGGCAGCAAAUUCUGGAACCAACCUUCAACAUCUUACCAUGGGUAUUAAGGGUUUGGUUGCAAACUCCGGCAUCCAAGAGAAAAAUCUGCAGAAGACCAAAGCUGGAGAAGAAGACACCAAGCUGCAGAAGACCAAAGGUGGAGAAGGAGGCCCCAAGUCACAAGCAAGCAAACUUUCAGAACAAACCCCUGCAGUGGUUUCUGGAAGCGUCUCCGUUCAGCCAACUUGGGUCUCCGUGGCAAAACAGAAGCAGCAAGGAUUCCAGGAUGUGGUGGCAGCAGCCAAGGGACAGAAAAAGAGGGAGGAAGGCACAGCCAAAAGGGGAAGAGAGGAUGCGAAGUUUGUAAGUGCAUCUCACCUGGAAAAGCAAGUAACCAUUCCUAGCAAUAGUUUGCCCAAGAAAACUGGCCCUUACCAAAAUGUGUGUCUACUGGAGAGUAAAGUACUGUUGAAGUCAGCGCAGUUGGCUGCCAAAGAAGGAUGUGCCAGAAUCCUCCCGCAGGAAAGUCUUCUGGUGGAAAAGGACACCAGAUUGCCACCAAUCCUGCCCGGGGCCUCCUGCAGCUCCACCGAACCUCCGUGGCUGUCUCUGGCUAAGAAGAAGGCUAAAGCAUGGAGCGAAAUGCCUCAAGCUGUUCAAUAGCCAAUGGGGGAAAAAACCCACACAAAUCUUCUCACAAUCGGCUGCCAGUAGCAGUAUUAGUAGCUGAAAGCUGAGGGCAAACAUGUGUGUAGACGUCUUGAGAAAUGGAAGAGUUGGUCCACAAGGAAACAAGACCACGUUUUCACUUUGAAUUCCUAAAAGAAGGAGUUUCAGCCAAAUGUGGGGCUUUGUCCUGAUCUAGGCUUCCCAAGAGCAUGCAGCAAACUCCUGGUCCUGACAAAACCCGCUUUUAUUAAUUGACUGUGA